AUGUCGCUCAAAUCAAUUGGAGAUAAACUACCAAUCCCAAUUCUCCUUGUUAUUAUCGUAUGCACUCUCCUAUUCCUGAUCUCGUUUGACUUGGAGUCAUCUCCAACAGGUAUACAAGUCGCUCAAUUGACCGAAUUGACCAUUAUCACCACCGACAACACCGUCGCAUCUGCAUCACAAACGAUGCUCAAGCCUCCUAUAACGUGUCAGUCCAGUAAAACAAAACAGAGCUUCACACUCGCCAAUGUACCUCGACAGAUAACACUCAACGGUACCACCAACAUCUUUACAAUCACCAUUUCAUCGCCAAAUCAAACGGCCGAGAUAAUCGAUAUGGUGGAUUUCCCAUUAUUUGUGUUACGGCUCGUCAGUCCUGUGUCACUGCUGACGCUGCCGAGUUUGGGAGAUACGUUGGCAGAUGUUAGUAUAGCUGGUAGAGUCAAAUUUGUCGGAUGGAAUAUCUCAAGUUAUCUAUAUCAGCCUAUAUGGGAGGCUACAUUCCAUGGUGCUGUGCUGGCUCCAGCAGAGUAUGGGUUGUUUGUGCAAUGGGCUGCUCCCGCUACCAUAUCAAACAGUGGUGUACAAGAACAGAGGCUACCAUCAUGUGGAUUAGACUCUCUUUCGUCAGCAAUAACCCAAGGAAAAUGGAAUCGUAACCAGUGGAUGCCAGCCUCGUGUCGCCUAGAACGAUAUUCGCCAACUCAAGCAUGUCAAGAGUUAAACGCUCGCAACAUGUCCAAGAUUGGUAUAGUGGGUGAUUCUUUGAGCAGACAUUUCUUCAACAGUCUUGUACAAUUCAUGACGGGCAAGAGUCAGUCUGAUGAGGAUACAUUUGAUGCUCUGAUUGCGGGAGCUACGGAUCCGGAGAUUCAAGAGAAAUGUCGCGGAGAGGAUACAAUGGGUCAGGCUUGCCGGUCUUGCCGGGCCGUGCGAAGGCCUGUUCCACAUGACGACCUUCCAAAGCGCAUUCCAACGGAUGUGCAAGUUGUCAACUGGGACGACACGUUAAAGAGUCGGAAGCUGACUCCCAUUGGAAUUGUCUUCUUGUUUUGUCAGCAAGAUACCGGAAUGAUCCAACAAAUCGUUCAACGCCUCAAAACUUCCAAGCUUCUCGACGCAAAUCUAGCCGUUGAAGACAGAGACAAGGUGUACGUGCAAUUGGGGUCGGCAGAUAUUGUUCUGCCCUGUCUAUCUCCCAGUUUUGAGGAUGACUUCCACUCUAUGCAACUACUGGAUUUUUGCUCUGAUCGCCAUAAAAAUCUGGUGCCGAUUCGGCUCAGUAACAAGCCUCUAGCUCGGACGGCUUUGAACGUAGCUGGCCUCUUGUACGAGGACUUUUCGAAAUCAGAUGUCCUUGACUCUGAUAAAGCUUUCAAUGCUUUGGCAAAGCAAAUUGUCAUGGUGUACAAUUUGGCUUCCAGCCGAGAGGAUUCCCCUGAUUCCGAUAGGAAAUACGACAUUAUGAUUAGUUAUUGCUGGGCACAGCAACCGUACAUGUACAAGCUUCUGGAGCUUUUAAGAGGCUUGGGAUAUACCGUAUGGGUUGAUGUGGAAAAAAUGGUGGGAAAUGUAUUUGAACGGAUGCAAGGUGCUGUGCAGAAGUCCAAAGUCAUAGUGUCAUGCUUAUCGCAAGCUUAUGCAAAAUCGGUGAAUUGCCAAAGGGAACUUUGUUACAGUGUGGACCUAAAGAAACCUAUCAUUCCCAUACGUUUAGAAGCUGAUUAUCUGCCUAUUGUCGAUCUGAUUGUGGCGGGACUCCCUGCCGCUAUUCCGGAAAAGACCUUGGCUGGGGUUGAGUACGAUGAUAUAUUCAUUCAUGAUCUGCAAGCUCUAAUAGAACGCCAACUACAUCCGUCGGGAAACGCCCUCAACCUGAAACGACAGAGUGAGCCAGUCAUGAAACGCAUUCAGCAAAUGAAUGAGUCCAUGAUCGAGGUGAAAUCUGUCCUUCAUCCCAACGAAACCUAUAAGCAAACCAUUGGUGCGUUGCAAUUGCAUCGUUUACCAAACACCAGAGACUCUGUUAUUCGUGAAAUCCGUCAAUGGAUGCUGGAUGACGCUGGAGAACAAUGCUAUUGGCUAAAUGGAGUCGCGGGAUCCGGCAAAUCUAUAGUAGCAGCAGCAAUAGUGAAGGAACUAGAAGAUGCGAGAAUUCCGGUAGUCCCGUUCUUUUGUAAAUUCGACCAGGCUGGACAAGACGAAGUUAGGAGUCUCAUUAGAACCAUGGCUUUUGGCUUGGCUCGAGCUCUACCGGAAUACUGUCUGCUGCUCCAUCAGCUCUUUGCCACCUCGAAAACUUUUGGUGAUGGAUACACUGCCGAAACGUUGUUUGAACAACUGAUCUUGAACCCGCUGAACGAUAUUCACCAGCCUACUGACCGCAUGGUCAUUCUGAUUGAUGCGCUCGACGAAGUGGGACAGACGGAAGAAGGAGGUAGUAACGGAUCAUUAGAUAGACAAUCCCUUCUUGGCCUCUUUGCCAAUCCAACUCGUAUGGCCCGUUUACCCAGUUGGGUAAAAUUCAUUAUAACAAGUCGGCCUGAGGACGAUAUCGCCCAGUCUUUGACAAGGAGCUUUGCAACAAAACGUAUCGAUUUGGACGCUAAAUAUAACCAAGACGAUAUUCGCUUUUAUAUUACUACUCGGAUGGAUAGGUCGCGCCCACUUUUACCAAGCGCAGAGUGGGAAGAUGUCAUCAAUAUGCUGGUUAUUAAAUCCACAGGACUCUUUCUGUGGGCUACAAUUGUAUGUGAAAUUCUUCGUAGAUGUAGUACGGAACUGUAUCUGCAACGGCUCUUGACUGACAUUGAUUCAGGCAAUGCCAUACGUGGGGAGACGGCAAUGGACGACAUGUUUGCUAGAGUCUUGCAUCUCGCCAUAGCCGACGAAGAUAAAGAGUGGAUUGAAGAUUGGUUGGCAUCAUAUAAAGCAGUUGUUGGGGUCAUCAUUUGUCUGAAAUCAUCACUGUCUGUGCACGCCGUUGCCUCGCUGGUAUAUAAAAAUCCAGAAGAAGUAAGAAGGAUAAUUGCGAGAAUGCCAUCAGUAUUUGAGUCGUGCAUUCAAGAUGAUGGCACUCGCAUGGUAGAAACCAUUCGCAUAAUCCAUAAAUCCGUCGCCGACUAUUUGACGGACAAGAAUCGAUGUCGUGAUUUACGGUUCUACAUAGACACUCGAGAGGCAGAAGGCGUCUUGUCGUCUCACUGUCUACAGAUCCUCACUCGCGAGUUGAAGUUUUCAGCCACGACUAGCUUGCCUGAUAAGGUGGCAGCGUUGAUGGGCAAAGUCAUUGGAUCAACGAGCUACUUGGACUAUAUAUGCAAGUUUUGGAUGGAUCAUUUGAGCUCGGAAAACGUGGCCUCUUCAACACCCAACUCGCAUACUGUGAACAGGUUUCUCAACGCACACGGAACUGCAGCUCUGCUAGCUACCCUAGAAAGUCGUAAAAGCCACGCAUGUCGUAUUCUGCUUUCAGCACGGAGCCCUCAGUCCGCCAAACUGCUGGUCAAGGAGGCCGAAGACUCACAUUACUUCCCGGUGCCUUUUCUAUGUCAGGCAGUCAGGAGCAAUGAUGCCGACACCUGUGAAGUCCUGCUGUCGUUGGGUGUUUCUGACAUAAAUUCCACCUCUGCGUCAGACUAUGGGUGGACGCCUCUUGCAGCGGCUUGUGCAUAUCACCGGCCUAAAGUAGUCGCAGUGCUCCUAAAGCACAAUCCAGACUACCAAAUCAAGGACUUCAUGAAUAAGAAUGCACUGGAACGCGCGGGAGGGGAGUGUUGGAAUAUGCUGAACGAUUGGAAAGUCGAGAAGGAAUUCAAAAUGGAUCUGGGUCCAGUGCUGUUAGCCGCACAGGCAGGAGAUAUUACAACUCUGAAGGCUGUUGGUAUCCAGGCCGUUAGUGAGGCAGUUGAUAUUGGAAGUGGAAGAACUGCUCUACACGUUGCUGCCGACAAUUCUCAAAUCGAUGUCGUGAAUUGGCUUCUUGAUUCCGGCGCUCUUACGGACACGAAGGACCAGCUUGGUUGCACUUCACUAUAUCUUGCUGCUCGUAAAGGACUCGUUGAGAUUGUAAAAGCUCUCAAGGACCACGGUGCCGAUCUAGACCAAGCCAAUAACUUGAAUCAGACCCCUCUGUUUGCUGCGGCGUUCAAAGGACAUAUAAAGGCUGUGGAAUACCUUAUCAGCAUGAAUGCUGAUGUAAACAUUGUUGCUGCAGAUGGUCGUGAUGCCUUGUUUGUGGCAGCUCAGAAUGGACAUUUCAAUGUACUGCAAGCGUUGUCUAGUGGUUCUGAUACACAAAUUGACAAAACGGCCAUUGGCCCCCCAAGUGGUCUUGCAGGCCAGACUCCGUUGUGGGCGGCAGCUAGCAACGGUUAUUUGGAGAAUGUAAAGUAUCUGGUUGAUGAGGGAGCUGAUGUCAACGCUCAGCAAGCAUCGGGACAAAGUGUGCUUUUCGCUGCAGUAAACAACGGGUCCCUAGAUAUCAUUUCGUAUCUUGUCGAAAAGGGAUCUUUAAUUAAUGUUGGAAAUGACGAAGGAGUGACUCCAUUGCUGCGCGCAGCCGCAAAUGGACGACUAGACAUCGUAAAGUAUCUUAGUUCAAAGGGAGGAGACGUGCACAAAGCCGACAAUUACCCCAACAAUGCCAUGUUCGCUGCUGCUGGGGUGACAGGCUACCUUCCGCUCGUCCAGUAUCUCGUUAAUCAAGGAGUGGCCAUAAAUGUCGUGAAUCACGAUCAUAAAACCCCUGUAUGGGAAGCCUGUUAUUAUGGCAGAUUGGACGUUGUCAAAUGCUUAAUUGAGGCUGGAGGUGAUUCAGCCAUACCUACUAGCGACGGGAUCACUCCUCUUGUUUGUGCAGCUUUAAAUGGUCACCUUCCUGUGGUUCAGUAUUUGGCUAAAUUGGGUAUGGAUAUCGAGACACCUUCUGAUUCUGGGAUAUCUGCUCUUAUAUUUGCAGCUGCCAAAGGCUACAUUGAGACAGUAAAGUAUCUUGUUGAGAAUGGAGCAGCAAUGAAUCGAAAAACACUCGACGGCCGGUGCGCCUUGUUUGUUUCCUCAAAUAAUGGGCAUAUGAGAGUUAUAUCGUACUUGGUGCAAAAGGGAUGUGAUUUAAAUAUUGCUGCAAACGAUGGAAGAACUCCGCUAUUUGUUGCUGCUCAGAGUGGACGCUUGGAAGUUGUAAAGUUAUUGAUUCAAAAGGGAGCUGAUGUCAAUACGGAAGCUAAUGGAACCACGCUGCUGGACAUUGCAACGCUUCAGGGUCAUACUGAGGUCGCGAGUUACUUGAGAGCUAUAACGGCCUCAGAGGUAUAG